AUGGCAAGUCGUAUGAAAGCUUUGUACAACCAGGUGAUAUUCGAGAGGAGAGUUCUCUUGGGGUGUACUAUUCUCAUCGGAUUAGCAGCGUGUGUCUGGGCUGUCGCUAUUUGUACGGAUCACUGGUACUCGGUUGAGUCACCCAUUAGUCAGCCAAAGGGCUUACUCCUCAGGAAUACUGACAAAAAUGGCAGAACAUUAGUUUACAGGAAUCAAGGACUUUGGAGAGACUGUAUUUCAGGUUACGAGCCAGUUCAACAGAAUAAUACCGAGGAGUUAAAAUUUUAUCAAGAAUGUAAGCGUCAGGAAAUGUUUCCAACCGAAGAAAAUAUCAUGUCUGAUUUUGACUUUGAUGCUACCGUUCUCAGUUACGCAAGAACUCAAGUCUCAUUUGCGAUAAUCAGUAUGAUAAUUAUGCUCAUGGGAUUUUCAUUUUCAAUUUACACCUUCCGAAACCCUCGAUAUAUGUUCAAAAGAUUAGCUGGUGGAAUACAUUUUAUUAGUGGCGCCUGCGUGAUGGUUGUUAUUCAAGUGGUUCUCUCGUCAAUGGAGUACGGCAGCAAAAAUACAGUAAUGGGAUUUCCAAAAGGGUCAUCAGUGCACUAUGGUUUCUCUCUAGUCCUGGCGUGGUUCGUCUGCAUGGGUAAUCUUCUUGCCGGAUGUGCUUUUAUACUGUUUUCUAAGAAAAGAAAACGUGAUAAAGCGCCAACUGAAGAAAUUGCGAUGGCCGAUGAGCCAACUAUUAUCGGACGUUGAUCAGGAUAAGAAAAAAUAA